AUGUCAGAGACACAAGUCAAUGGCGUUGUUAUCACGGACCAGAAACCUGGAAAACCAGAAGACAGCCGCGCUGCUCUUGUCGAACAAAUGACCAUUGAAGAUGGCCCUGAAGAAGUGGAAAUCGAGGACGAUCGUGAGAAAUGGGGAAAGAAGCUCGAUUUCAUGCUCUCGUGUAUUGGGUAUGCAGUGGGUCUUGGAAAUGUUUGGAGGUUUCCAUACUUGUGCUAUGAGAAUGGUGGAGGUACGUAUCAGUUUAUAAGAUCAGGUUAUCAAUAUCAGUUCUGACUGAGCAGUUUCUAAACAAUGACAUUCUAAUGUGGAGUUACAGUGCUUUGUGCUUACAGUAUAUUGCGUAAGAAGCGAAUCGUGUAAACAUAGCUGGGCUGCAAGUCAUUUCGCCCCUGUUACUUCGCCCCUAUUCUAGAACGAGAAAUAUUAUAUUUGAAGCGUGCUUGUUUUGGUUUAUGGCUUAUAGAACGAGGAAUAUUACAUUUGAUUCGAAAAUAGGGGGCUAAGCAAAUGACCGGUCACCUAAAAAAGCUAUCACAUGAGUAUAUUUUGCUUUGCAAACUCUCUUGUUCUUGAAUAUCUAACUGAAGAGACUAACAAAUCGCACUUUUCCAAUCGACGCUUACUGUGGUCGGAUGAAAAAGGAACGAAACGUUCUUCAAGUUGAAUGUGCUAGGCCUCGUAGAGCCAGUUACCGGCAAAAACAUGUAAAUAUGAUGCGAAUUUCGAGAAUGAUCGACCGUCGAGCUUCCACCGUCGAAAGCCUUUGCAGCAAACGGCCACACUUCAUGCAUUUUUAUAUGCAGUAUUGUAACGCAUAAAAACAAUGCUAUAAUCUGCAUUACAUAAUUACAGUUUAAUGUCGCCAUUUCCCAUUGUGUUUAUUCUACUUUCAUUCUGAAUAUUCUGAGAUUCAAUUCCUCCUUGGCGCUGAUUGAGGUUGAAAAAUGUAUAUGAUCUAGAUGUGAUCGAUUGACGGGUAUCUCAGCCAUGUUCAGUCUGUGAGUUCCGUACUAGUCGUACUGUACGCGAAAAGCCUUCUUAUCUAGCAGCUUCUAGCCUUAUUUAAGACUGGUUCUCAUUUUCCGACGACCUUCAAUGUUCGCGUACAGGAAAUUCAUAUACCGAGGAAAAUAAGACACGAGACAUCGCCUUUCUUUUAUUACGUUUUUUAUAAUUAUUGAUUUGUUAAAUUACCCUGCGGCAUCUCUGAGGAGUUGGUUUCCAUCCAGCUUAAUUCUACUCUCUGCUGUUGCUUUGUAGGGUAAAAAUAAUAGCCAAAGCUUCUAAUUUACAGAGGAAGUGCGAUUGGGAUUUUUUUUCUUUUUACUUGAAGGCCACCUCAUUUCUCUCAUUAACAAAUAUGCAAACUUUUCGCCUGGUGUCACUUUUUGGCAGGCUGAUCUGUUUCCCGCAGGUGAACUAAUUUCGAAGGCCAUCGCCCCUUUUUUAACAGAGAGAUUGUAUAAACAGUGGGCAACUUGCCAUCUUUGACAUCUUUCAACAAAAUAUCCCACACUAAGGCCUUUCUCACCCCUUCUCACACAUUAUUUUCCAAAUGCUUGAUUUCGCCUAUAAUAUAAUUGCACCUAAACAAUGAAAUAUGAUCGCAACGAUUUUUAGCGGCGACUCAGCAAGCAGUUCUAUGGUCAGGACAUCACGCUUCGAAGUAGUAGGGAAAAGGCAAAAAACAGGGUGAAACGUCUAAAAGGAGCUAUGUCUCUGGAUGUAAUUCUUUUUAAAGAUUUUUUCAGCAGUCUGGAAUGAUAUAAAAAAAAUAAAAUCAACGGUAUCAUACUAGUGAGAAACCAGCUCAUAGGAUGUACUUGCACCGCUUACUUAGAUUAAGUUUGCUGCACAAAAAGAAUUGUGGAAGGCAGACAGUUUCGAUUCCUACUCUGCAACUAGCUUCAAACAUCCUGGAACUAUCGGGCUGUUGAAUUUAAACUUGACCUUGCACCCUCCGUAGUCUCCAUACGUGACUACCUCAGCCAAAUCUUGAGUGGAAAGAACACUCGAGGAUUCAACGUCACUAAGUAUCAAAACGUCUGUAUGCAAAAGUAAUAAUGACCACUGACAUCUAGAAAGAUCAACUGUCUAGGAUGGUAAAAGGUAUCAAUGUAAAAUUUCGAUAGGUAGACAACAUCGGAAACGACAGAAUCGCCCUUUCCCGCCCGCUAUAGUACGACGCAGUGUGAUCAAAGUAUAGGAAGUAGGCUGCGUUCCAUUUAUCGAGGCCACAAAAUAAAUAUUUAUAUCUAGAUUUCGUAUGGCUGUAAAAAAAGAGAGAAUACGAGUUCCCCCCCCCCCCCCCCCCCCCCCCAAAAAACAAAAAAAAAAGGACAACCCGCCACAACUCUCCCCUCGGCAGCGCGUUUCCCACAACACCCCCCCUUCCCCCCCCCAAAAGAAGGCCCGAUGUGAAAAAAAGAAAAGGAAUAAGGCGCCUUCCCCUUUAUCGAGGCCAAAAAAAAAAAAUUUAUACUUAGAUUUCGUAAGGCUUAAAAAAAAAAAAAAAAACCAGUCCCCCCCCCCCCCCGCCCCCAGAAAAAAAAAUCAGAAAAGAGGGGUCCUCUGACCGAUUUUCUCAGUGGCAGUGAUCUUCGCCUCAGCCCACUACUUCCAUGCGCAUGCUACGCAGGCUACCCCAGCUCCAUGGUAACCGUUUGGGGCGUUUUAAAAUGACGUCAAGUCUGUUAUUUUAGUGUCUCAAAACAAUAAAACGGCGGCCAUGUUGAUGUCCCAAACCAGUCCCUUGGGAGUUGAACGUUUUUCUUGUGUAAAAACGUUCUUUUGUUCCGAUAAAUUUGCAUAGCCGCUUGUCACGUCACAGGGUCCAGAGGAGAUGUGUUUGUCGCGUGGAACAUCAAAACUCGUCGAAAACCUCUGAAAAAAUGGGUUAUUUUGAUCGCGUUACAGUUUCGUUACACAUUCUAUAUACCGCAAACCAAGAGACUGAGGGCUCGCAAGAUUGGCUUAUGAUUCGGUAUGAUUUUCAAAAUGGCGAACAACAAAGAUCAGACAGACAGGGUCAGGACAUCAGGGUCAGACAAGAAGCGAAGAAUUCGUUUACAAUAGAUUCAUAAAGAUCCCACUGGGCUAAUUAAUCGUGCUAAGCGACAGGUAUAGACAUUUUUCAAGGUGUGACUUUAAAUAAGAAAUUCAUUUAUUUACACGAAACUCUUCUGGACCCUGUGGUCAUGGACGAAACUAAUAAAAGAAAAAUCCGCAGUAUUAUUACCAAAGCCAUCUAAACCUUUUGUAGUACAGGGUUAUGCAGAUGGAAAGCCUCUCAGAUGACUGACCCAGCCGAUUUGAUUCAAGCAUAAGAACGUACUCACACUGCUAAAUGCUUCCAAGACAACAACCACUUCUUCGCUCAGACUGCAGCAAUGACUGCCUACCGUUGUGGCAUCAACCCCUCACCCUUCCCCCCUUUCCCCUCCCUUUUUCCCCCCUUCCCCUACCCCUUCCCUUCCCCGAAUGAAAAAUAUCUCUCUUUUCUGGAUUAAAAGGGAAACUCGAGAAAUCAAAUGUAUUUGGAUAAGUUCAGUGUGCUCAACUUAAUUGUAUUAAAUUAGAUCCUCUUUGGAAUGCAAUAGCGUGUCUUGUUUAUAAUUAUGAAUUGAAUCGUUUAACUGUCAAAUAAAAAAAGUGGCUAUGAAAGUUUUUGGAUAGAGGUCAUGAAUUUGCCUAAUCCGAUGUAUGAUCUACUCAAUAACUUUCAGAAGGCCGAAUUCUUCAAAGGGGCGCCCUUUUGCGAUAAACAAGGUAGACAAGGGUUAGCCCAAAAGUAAUUCCGUUAUAGCAAAGCGAAAAUUUUUAUUGUGUCCUUGCUUAUUAGUCCUAUUUACAUUUAACUGACAUCGACAUCGAAAAAGUUAAGUUACUUAAGGAAUUAGGUAUAUUUAUAUUUUGUCGCAAGAGAGAAUGAGCUAGCUCUUCUCUCUUGAUUAUCAAUAUUAUGAAUUUUGAUUUCUUCAAAAAAGGAACUUUCAUCUGGCAACUGUGUACAACUACCGUAUUUCCUCGAAUAAUCGUCCCCGAUUAUUCGAGGGAGGCGAUUAUUUCCAAUAUUGCUCACUGGAAGUCGUGUCCUAAAUAUUUUGUUGUAUUAUCCCAUUAAAUCAGAAAAUUUUAUUGACUGAACAUGGGCUUUUUAAGUGUUCCAAAUUUGGUUACUUGAUAAAUUUUCAAUGUCAAUAUCCUCGGUAUCAGAGCUUGAAUCGUCACUGGUCAGUUUUGCUGGAUCGGAUUCCACUCUCAACUUGACAGGGAGGGGAUAAAAGAAAGAGAAGAUGGCGAGAGGGGUGGGGAGGGCAUUGAUAAAGGGACGGCUGUUAUUCCAGGAAAUCUGAUUGACUCAGUUGCCAAGAAAUUAACGUGAAAACACAAAAGCACAAAUGCGCGAAUGUGGCUCUCUGAGUAUGCCAAAGUCAUUAUCCAGCCGAUAUCGCCGCCGAGUGCUACGUAAUUUCUUUUAACUACUAAGUUGUUAUUUGUUAUUUUUAAUCAUUAUUUUUGGUGGGGGAUACUGUUUUUGAUCGUCAUGUUUCUCGCAUCUCCGUUUCGAACACUUUUAAUAUUCUAUGGAUCACUGUACUUGUACACGUGUCAGUCAGUAAGGGAGAGAGAGAGCUGGCAUGGUUCUUUUGAGCGACGCGUUGAACGGGUUGAAGUUGAACGGGUCUCAAUCACAGGAUGCAGAUCUUGGCAAACAAAUAGGCCAGUUCUCUACCUUUUGUAUCUUUACAUUGGCUGAAUUAUAGUCUUUUGGAAGCGACGGAGCUGACAUGGUUCGUUUGAGCGACGCGUUGCGAGACUUGUUAAAGGUUUGAUUGAAGCUAAACAGGACUAAAUCACAGGACGCAGAUCUUGCUAAACGAACAGGGUUUUCUUCUUUUUUCUGUAAACUUACGUUCCCUGGAUCAAGUGAAUUUUUUCGUUUGACGAAUUUCACCGCCUCUGUUGCACUGACAGUUGUUGGUGUUCUUAUCCGUAGCAUCUCGAGCACAGCGUUCCUAAAACGGCGGUCUCUGUAGCAGUAACUUAAAGGAUUAACUAAAGAAUUUAAAAAUUUUGAGAAGUGAAUCCGAUAACUUCCAGGCAAAGCGUGUAUGAAGGGCUGGAUAAAAUUCUUCCAAUAUGAUGACAAUCACACCCGGGAAGAAAGAAAGAAUCAGGGCUAUGGUAACCACAGCAGUCGUCAUUGCAACUCUGUUUUCGAGUUUUGCUUGUAUCAACGCCUUGACUUGGUGAAUUUGAUUUAACUUGCGUUUGCGAACCCCAAGGUAGAUCAUAAUGUAAAAAAACACAAUCAGAACUAGGAUACACGCUAUCAAAACACCCCAACCGAUGCUAAGGAUGGUGUUGGCUAAAGCCAGAGUCGUUGUAUCCUCUCCAACCAAUGCCGUCAUUAUUUCCCUGAUGACAUAUUGAAAGCAUUGAGCUACUACCGCUAUAACCCAUGCUACUAUCGCCAUCUUUUUUAGGCGGCUUCUAGUCACUAUAGUUUUGUAAUCGGCCCAUCUUCGUAUAGCUAUGUACCGCUCCCAUGCAAUCAUUGUCAGAUGGAUAAGAGAGCAAAAUGACGAACUGCACAUCAGCAUAUAAGCAACCAAGUUUAUCAAACAAUAAUGCUGGACUGUCAGUAUUUGAUAGGGAAGUAAUAGUCCAACUAAAACAGAUAACGGGACGCCUAUACCACCUAUGAGAAGGUCCGCAACUGCCAUACUUGUUAUGAGGAUAUUGGAAAGUCUCUGCAGUUCCCUCCUUUGCUUUACUGCUAGGAUUAUCAUUGCGUUCAAAAGAAAUGCAAUGGGAGCGGUUAUAGAUGCAAAGGCCGCCUGAAUCCAAGGAGAAGUGAUGUCAUAUACGUCAAUACCCUCAAUUAGUCCGUUUGUCGAGCAAGAAGUUACUGACUUCGUGUUGUUGGAAAAGUUCGAGGCUCCUUGUUCUUCCCCGUUUCGCGCCAUUAUGAUAACUGUUGUUCCUUGGUCGGGUUUCGAUGAAAAGGCCUAUUCCCAGUUCGAGCUCCCUCAAGACUUUGUAUCUCAGUAAGCGUUACAUUCUCAUAAAACCGUGAUUUUACGGCUUUUGCUCAGGAAAGAUGCUAAGAAAUAAGCUCGUGGACUAAGUCAGGUCUUGCUGAUUGAUUACUCCUCUUUACUUCGAAGUAAAUCAUCUUCACUGGGCUGAUACCUCUGGUCACUGAGUUGUUCAGUUUACACUAAAGCAACUUCUUACGCUUUUCCUCUUUCGCGAUUCAGUAUUUCUCCUGUAUUCAUGGUAUUUCUGUCUCAGUGCCGAAGUUGAGACAUUUGACGUUUCUGUCGCUUCUCAAUUGUAAGAAAACAACUAGGUUUUAAGAGCUUAGGAAACAACAGCUGCCACGCUGCAACGGAUCGAUUCAAAUGUUAAAAUAAUUUCCACACACCCAACACCUUUGCUGUUGAAUGGAGGAAACGAAUCACUUAAAAAUUUAAACGAAAAAUGACAGUAGAAAAUUACAUUUGAAUAUUCUUACUGCAGCCAAGAAUUUAUCUUUAACGGCAUGAUAAACACUGUCGCCCGAAAAUCGUAGCUCCAAAGAGCGUUUUUCUUAUUAUUAUUCUUCAUUAUUUAUUUCUAGCCGGAUUUUUGAAAACGUCACCUCCAGAUGGGUCUUGUCCGCCCAACGGUUUUUUUUCUUUGUACCUCAGUAAGCGUUACAUUUUCAGAAAAGCGUGAUUUUGUGGCUUAUGUUGAGGAAUUAUGAUUUUAAGAAAUGAAGCUCGCGAACCUCAGGUCUUCAGAAGGGGGGGGGGGGGGGGGGGGGUCAUUGAGACCCGGGAAAAUGGGGGGGCCCGGGCCCCAAAAAUUUUUUUUUCCCUCUUUUGGCCCUCUUUUUGGUUUAAAAAUUAGGCCCCGGGCCCCCCCCCGGGCCCCCCCCCCCCAGCGCGUGGAAAAGGGCCAAGAACUCCAGCGCUAUUUUUUUUUUUUUGUUUUUUUUUUUUUUUUUGUUUUAGGGUGUUUCUCCUGCUGUGGUUUGUUUUUUUUGUUUUCAGUGUUGGUUUUAGUUGUCUGUGUGAUAUGGUUUGUUUGUGUGUGUGGGUGGGAAGAUUUUUUAGAUAGGGAGGGGGGGGACGCUCCGGGUGGUGGGGGGGGGGGGGGGGGGGGGGGGGGGCGGUCAUCUAGACUCUGAGAUAAUGGCGGGCCCGGUCUCCAAAAAUAUUGUUUUCGCAUCUUUGGGCCUCAGUUUGGUCUAAGAAUUAGGACCCGGGCCCCUCCCCUGGAUCCGCCACUGCAGUGCAUGUGAAAAGGGCAAGAACUAUCAGCUGAUAUUCUUUUUUUCAGUUGAUCUUGUACUUAUGCUUUUCCUCUUUCACGAUUUAGUAUUUUUCCCUUUUUAUUCAUUCUAAAUUUAUCUCAAGCCCUAGAGUGCGUCAUUCCUUCUAUGUUUGGCUCAGUACGUAAUUUUACUGACGAAAACAACCAGAUUCAAGUACCAUAAGAAAGCAGAACAGCUGCUAAGCUGCAAAUGAUUCGAAAUAAAUGGCCACAUAUACCUAAAGGCUUUAUUUUUGAAGGGAAGGAAAAGAAUAAAGAAACAUUUACGAAAAAAAUGCAAAAUAAAACUGAUCAAGGCACAAUAAAAAGGCGCCAGAGAACAUCACCGCCGAAUUGGAACGCUCAUUGCACUGAUACUAGCCAUCGAUAUAUUGAAAUUCAUACUUGGCUCUAAGGUUUGGGGUAUAAAACAAAAUGUUAAAUAUGUUAUUCAUUGCUGAGCCUCAAGAUGAUUUCUUUUGUUUUAUUUCCCCAAGCCUCGGGGCCAGGUAUGAAUUUUAAUGUAUCGAAUUUGGUCUAUUAAAAAUCAUUUCACUCAUGUACAGCGUGAUAAACGCAUCGUGGUGAAUUGCCACUGUGUAGAUUACAUCGAUUAUAAUUCAGCUAAUUAUCGUAUACGGUAUAUUAAUACGCAAUAACACCGGAAAAUCCUAGCUACGUUCCAAAGAGUUGUCAGUUAUUAUUGUUAUGAAAUUAUUUACCAUAUUGCUCGUUUUUGAAUUGUCAGAAAUCGUCAGUGUUUUGUUAAUCAUUUUUCUGCAAGUAAACUAAUUAAAAACUUACUAAUCUUACUACGCGAAAGUACCACCAAAAGAUGUCUUUGACUGCACAUGAACAUAGUAUUUUGUCCACUUUGGACUUGGGCCGGAAAAUUGCUUUAUAAAUGAUUCGCGUAUAUUCAUACAGAUAAUAUAAUAGCUCUAAAUGAGAGUGGAUUGCUUCAUAUUAAAACGGCUGAUUCCGAAUCGACAGGUUUUGGCAAACUAGCGGCUAAAUCUGCAGUAUAAUGAAUUUUUCCUCUUGUACUCUUUAAGUGGCCAUGAAAACGUUGUCAUAUCGUCUCCCUACAAACUUUCGCCAAUUUUAGUUAUGGCAACAAUCAGUUGAUUGAUAGUAAACAAGUAUUUGCGUUCUUCAUGAUUUAUUCAUACUAUAGAUUGUUUGGGUGCAUAAAAAAAGACACUGACUCAAUCAAAAAUAUCUGUUUAUGCCCUUAAAAUAAGGCCGUCCCGGAAAGUAAAUUACAUUAAAUCACAAGCUAAAUCACAGGAUGCAGUUGUUGGCUAACAAAUAGGCCAGUCAGUUUUUACCUUUUGUACCUUUGCAUUCGCUGAACUACUAUCUUUAGGAAGCGACGGCGCUGAUAUGGGUCUUUUUAGCGACGUGCCCAGUGACCUAAGAUGAGCUCGAUCUAAGCUAAACAGGGCUAAAUUACAGGAUUGAGACCUUGCUAAACGAACCGGAUUGUCUGCUUUCUCUCUCCCCACGUACUCUGGACCAAGUAAAUUGUUUUGUUUUACGAAUCUCACCUCUUCUGUUGUAACAACUGUUGGUUUUCUGAUCCUCAACAUCUCGAGCACUGCUUUCUUAAAACGGGGAUCUCUAAAGCAGUAAAUUAAAGGAUUAACUAAAGAAUUUAAAUAAAGAAACGAGUCCGAUAUACGCCACGCAAAACGCGUACGAAGGACUGGAUAAACUCGUCCCAGUAUACCGACAAUCACACCAGGGACGAAAGAAAGAAUCAGAGGAAUCGUAACCAAAGCAGUCGUCACAGCAAUUCUGUUUUCGAGUUUUGCUUGUAUCAAUACGUUGACUUGGAGAAUCUGAUUUAGCUUGCGUUUGCGAACUCCAAGGUAGAUCAUGAUAUAAAAAGCCACAAUCAGAACUAGGAUACCAGCUAAAACACAGGCGCUACCGGUGACAAGGAUGAUUACCGCUAGAGCCAGGGCCGUUUUAUCCUUGCCAACAGCUAUUGGCAUAACGACGAAUAGACAAAAUUCACCUACGAGCACUAUACCCCAAGCUAAAAUUACCAUCCUUUUCAAGCGGCUUCUAGUCACUAUAGAUUUGUAAUCACUCCAUUUUCGAAUGGCUAUGUACCGCUCCCACGCAAUCAUUGUCAGAUGGAUGAGCGAGCAAAACGAUAAACCGAACAUCAGCAUUGAAGGUACCAAGUCCAUCAAACAAAAACGCUGGACAGCCACUAUUCGAUAGGGAAGUAACAAGGCAACUACAGCAGUUAAAGGGACACCAAUACCACCUAUAAGAAGGUCUGCAACUGCCAUACUUGAAAGAAGGAUAUAGGAAAGUCUCUGCCGCAGUUCCAUCGUUUGCUUUACUGCUAAGAUUGUUAAUGUGUUCAAGAGAAAUGCGAUGGGAGCGGUUAUAGCUGCAAAAGCGGCAAAAAUCCAAGGAGAAGUUGUGUCUUGUAGGUCGAACGCCACACCUGGUCCGUGUGUCGAGCAAUAAAACACUGAGCUGGUGGUGUUGGAAAAUGCUGUCGAAGCUGCUUGUUCUUCCCCGUUUCGGUCCAUAGUGAUAUAACGCUGUUCUCAACUGUUUUCUUAGUGGCCUAUUCUUAAUUCGAGCUACCUUUGUAUCUCAGUAAGCGUUAGAUUCUCGUAAAGCGUGAUUUUGUGGCUUUCGGUCAGGAAUGAUGUAAAAUAAGCUCACGGACUUAUGUCUGGCUGAUAAGUGCAGUACUCCUCUUUACGUACCUCGGAGUAAGUCAUCUUCAGUGGGCUGAUACCUCAGUUGUUUUUCACUAAGUCAAGUUCCUACGCUUUUCACCUUCAUUCGUGGUAUUUUUGUCUCAAUGCCGAAGUUGAGUCAUUUGACGUCAUUAUGUCGCCUCACAAUUGUAAGAAAACAACUAGAUUUUAAGAGUUUGGGAAACAACAGCUGCUAUAUGCUGCAACAAAUCGAUUCAAAUGUUAAAUAAUUUUCACACACCCAACACCUUUGCUGUUGAAAGGAGGAAAAUAAUCAAACAAAAAUUAAAACAACCACCCAAAGCAAAAAUAUUUAAAGGACAGUGGGAAAUACCAUUUGAAUAACCACGCUGCAUCUACGAAUUGAUCGUGAGUCUUGUACGGCAUAAUUAAGACUCAGUCACCGGAACAUCGUAGCUACAAAAGCGUUUUUCUUCUCCUAUCCUUUUUGUUAUUGUUUUUUAUUUGCUUGUUUGUUUGUUUUUUGUGGUAAAGCUUCCAACACCAAAUGUUCGAUCAGAUAUAUUUUAAAUUUUGCUCCUUAUAACAAAACUUUAAAAUGUCCCUUUCUUCGUCGCGUUAAGCCAAAAAUUUAAUGUCCUUCGGUAUUCCCCCUAUACAUUGUAAAAAUUAGGAAUGGUUAGAAGAUAAAUUAAAAGAACGGGCACUUUGUAGGUGUACUACCAAUAAAAUCAUAUUUUUACUUAUUUAUCUUUUCUUUUCAUUUACUUCAUUUUAUUUAUUAUUUUUUCCCAGUAAGUUAACUGCACCUUGGUUGUUCCCCCUUCCCUCUACCCCCUCAUGGCACUGUCCCCUACCGGUCCGGUCUCCGGUAGGGGACGUGAAAAUAGUGUGUUCCAUUAGUACUUCCGUACCAAAUACUUUGACACGCAAAUAAAGUGCAUUAUUUUAUUUUAUCUUAUUUUUUUUUAUUUUUGGCAGCAACCUUCCUGAUUCCGUACUUCAUAAUGCUUGCCAUCAACGGAAUCCCUCUGUUUUACAUGGAACUUGCUAUCGGCCAGUACCUGAGUCUUGGAACAGUAGGAGCUUGGACAGCUCUCUGUCCCAUUGCAAGAGGUAUGAUGAAAAGGGAUUGAAACACAAGGAAAUACGCUGAUAGAUGUCACGAUCCACACGAUCGCUGAAGCUACAGCACAACACCACACCACUAUCUGUCCGUGUGGGCGUGGUUGUUACUAAAAUCUGAGUAUCAAUUUUUUGUACUCACUAGAAGAAGUUCAGAUGAACAUGACGGCGGCUACAAAUUUCUCUAAAAUACAUAUUUGAACUUCAAAGUUCAUUUGAAGUUCAAGCGAAAUGUUAACUUAGUCACUUACCAUGUUUUUUCGCCGUCCCGAGCUGUUAUUUUGCAAGAUGAAUAUUUCACAUGUCAAUAUAUGUCACAUAUUCAUGUCGCAAAAUAGGCGACGUUUUCUUUUUACAUGAAAAGAUUGGCGUUUGAAUUAGUGCAGUCCAACAUGUCUAAAUCCCCGUGCAGACGUACGCAACAGUGUUGGAUGUUACAUGUUGCCUCCGUUAGCACACCCCGUUGCAUGUUGUUUAGCCCCGUGCAAACGGAUGCAACAUUAUUGGAUGUUACAAUCUUGCGUCCUUUUGCACAUCCUGAUGCACGUUGUUGCGUCUUGUUGGGAGUUGUUGUUCAAAGUUUGAAACCGGUUAAACAUUUGAACCUAUAACUCCCAACAUUUAUUUUGCUCCGUUAUCGCCGAAGCGUAGUGCAACGAUGUUGGAUCCGUUUACACAGCUCUUCCAAUAUUGUUUGGGCCACGUACUUGCAUUAAACGUGAUCUCCAAAGUCUUAUGGGUUGUUUCCAACAUUGUUGGGAGUUGUUGCAUCAGUUUGCACACCACUGCCAACAUGGACGCAACAAUUAACUCCCAUUGUUAUGUAGCUGAAAAUUUCUUCUCAACAGCGCGCAGUCUCAUUGGUUACUUCGUGGUCACAUGACAUCUAACAUGAAACUGUUUCUCGCUAAAAUUUCUGAGCGAGCAACAUUGCAAAAAAUCUAUGACGUUAGAGGGUAACAAUGCAAUGUUACCCCCGAAUGUUGACCGCUGAUUCGCCGUUACAGCGAGGUUUAAUGAAUUUCCAGCUUCAAAAUUUUCAGCUAUAUAACAAAUCACUUAAAGACUGGUCCCUCGGGAAACAGUGAAUUUUGUUUCCCAACAAUUCGCCUCGGGAACAUUGAGAUUCUCGGGAAACAAAAUUAACUGUUUCCCUCGUAACCAGUCAUUAACUGUUUAAGGGCGAGUGGACCACACAGGAAUUUCGACUGUGGAGCGACCUAUCCAACUUUUCAUGUGCCGAAUCUAGUGCAUAAAUUACUAUAGUUUAUUUUGAAUGGUAAGCAUUGUAGAUAUUCGGUACAUCAUGAAAUUGAAUUGACUUAGACUCAUUAAAUUCGACGUUCUUCAACCGUCGAACUUGUAUCAUUAAUUGGGUCGACUCAAAUACAUGUAGGGUAUUAAGUUCGGCGUAUGAAAAGUUCAACGUUUGAACUAGGCCUCAGAACUCUAUCCUGAGUUUACCGUUUCUCCUCAGGAAUUGGAUUUGCGAUGAUCAUGGUGUCUCUACUGGUGUCUAUUUACUAUAAUCUGAUUAUCGCCUGGUGUCUUCUCUAUAUGUUCGAGGGCUUCAGAAGCGACGUGCCAUGGAAAACCUGCGGUAACAAGUGGAAUACUAAACUUUGUCAGUGAGUGGUAGAUUCCUACUUCCUUAACACAGUACUGUAAGUUACUGAAAAAAUGCUAUGUAAUUAGACGAAAUAGCAAUGACAAAAACCAUUGUUUGAAGUAAGCAAGUUUUUUAUUUUCUACGAUUUGAAACAGCCUGUCAUUGAAACGUUUGGUUCCUAUAAGACCAAUCUCUCACAGUUUUAAUCCUAAAACCGGAAGUACCGAAUUCAUACGGUGUAUUCAUUCAUUCAUAUAUUCAUUCAUUCAUCCAUUCAUCCAUCCAUCCAUCCAUCCAUCCAUCCAUCCAUCCAUCCAUCCAUCCAUCCAUCCAUCCAUCCAUCCAUCCAUCCAUCCAUCCAUCCAUCCAUCCAUCCAUCCAUCCAUCCAUCCAUCCAUCCAUUCAUUCAUUUAUUCAUUUAUUCGUUUUACAGGGAAGGUUCGGUUAACGUGUCAGCCUUUAAUUGCACUGCACUAGGUUAUGCUGCUGGUUGCAAGAGUACUUCACCGUCCGAGGAGUUUUUCAAGUAAGUGUAUACCGACAUCGACAUUUGCUGGUUAAUGAUAGAUUAACUCCCAAACAUCCCUAGAAUGUACCAACAAGAACAUAAGCUUUAUUUGCAUGACUAUAAUUAUGUAGUUACAGUAUUGCAAAAGCUUUAACAUAAAGUUACAAUUUAUAACAAUGAUAAUGCAAUGCAAUGAUUACUACAGUCAAUCAAGUGUUGUUAGCAUGAUUUGAUAACAAAUUAGUACGUAAAUCAUUACAUAAUGAGAUAAAUUUCAACAAAUGUGAAUUUACGGAAAAAUUCUGUGAAUUCAUCAAUUUAAUUAUUAAUUCUGUGUAAGAUACCUGAUCAAAGUCGACAAAAUUUCGUUGGAUUUCCGUUUUGUGCAGACUGUGUCUCCAUUCAUUUCAACCCCUGAGAGGCACCAAAAAUCAGUUGAGAAGCAAAAACCUCACGCCAUUUUUCGGCUUCGAAAAGGUUCCGCGACAAAACAACAAGGGUGCCAAUCCACAAAUUUUACUCCCUAAAAGGCACGACCAACCUCCCCUUCAUUUUGAUAUGAGAGUAUACCCCCCUUCACCCACCCACCCCGAAUAAGCCCUGGUCAGAUUUGCAAAACGUCAAGAGAUCCACUCACUCCUUUUCCUCAUAUUACUACCAACACUCGAAGACACUUUCAUCAGUUUUUGUGCUCAAGCAUAGUAACCUUUCCAAGACCUCAACCGGUGCGAUAACUUCUAUUGAAAUAUUUUAAGGUAGUGAGGUGAGGUUAUCCCUCUAAUGCCUGUUAUUCUAAUAAGCUCUUCUUUACUCAGCCGUCACAUUCUGCAAAUAUCCGAUAGUAUCUCUGACAUGGGUAGCGUUAGCUGGCAAAUUGUCCUGUGCUUGGUUCUUGCUUGGAUUAUUGUGUACUUAUGUCUCUUCAAAGGAGUAGCGUCUUCUGGAAAAGUAAGUCAUGAUCAUUUAAGUGCAAUUUUCAUAUUCCUCUAUUAUAAGGGAAUUCGGAUUCUGGAAUCCCGGAAAUGGUUGCUUGUGGAAUCCGGUCCCCUGCAAAUUUUUGUUUUGGAAUUUGCAAUAAAGCUUAAGAAAUCCGGUAUCGCACUAACGAUUGGAAACCGGAAUCCAAGUUCCACUGACAAAGAAUCCGGAAUCCACUACCUGGAAUCCGGAAUCCAUAGCGUGGAAUCCAGAAUCCAAGACUGUCUUGGAUUCCCUUACAUGGGGUGAUAAGUCGAAAAGGCAACAUAACUCUGUUUUUUAACCGGUGGUUUUUUGACAAGAGGUACUAAUAACCCGCUUGUGCUUAUACUUGUUUCAUACUUUUAAACGAGAUUACAGGUUCUUUUUGUCAUGAUGUUCCACGUAACCUUACUCUUUAUCAUAAAGGCCCGGUAGCUCGAAAUAGCCAUCAGCCGAAUAAUACACCCGAGACCGGCGAUGCGCUCAUUUUACCCCCUCUCUCCACCAGCGCUUCGUUAACAGGUUUUAAAAGGAAAGAGUCUCGGAAAGGCAAGAAGCCGAAACUAGGAUUGAGGUCACACCUAAGAAUCCACGCACUCGGAACCUCACGGUGCACAGAAGUAUAGUAACCAGCUGUGCCAAUUCUUGCUCAUUUGAUCAGUCACCAAAUAUGGAAAUGUACCAUAAUCUCGUACCCAGAACUCUUGUCGACGAAGAGACGAAGAGAUCUGGGUACGAAAUUAAAUGUGCCAGUUCCACAGCGCAUUUUAAGGUGUUUCGAUACAGUUUUCAAAGGCCAUACCGAUAUUUUUCAAUCGCCUUAAAACUGGUUUUUCCUUGUCCGAUCGCUAUAAAAUUUUCACCGGUAAGAGAACGAAAAUACACCAAAAUUUCCUAGCGUCGAAAUAUGAUAUUACGCAGCAUUCUGACACCACUUAAUAAUUUAAGAAUAAUUUGAGUCAUUUAUAACGUUUUUAUUAACUAAUCUAUCACGGCUAUUGAAAGUUUAAGGUUUGAAGUAUAUUUUCGUAUUAGUCGAAUUCAAACAUACUGACGUUUUUACUUCUUUGGGAGGUUAUUUGCCACACACCAAACUUUAAGUUCCUAGUGUUGGAUUUUCAGUAACUGGUCUAGAUCGCGCAAAAUUAGACGUCUAUCAAUUUCAAAGGUUUUUGUUUAUUGUUGUCAUGGUAAUAUCAAUUUUACUAAAACCUACAUUUUGACAAAUUUCAAUCUAUAGUCAAUCAUUGGUGAAAAUUUUAUAACGAUUAGACAAGGAUAAAAUCACUUUUAAAGGGAUUGAAAAAUAUCGGUAUGGCCUCUGAAAAACUAUCGAAACACCUUAACUCUCUAACGUCCUUUGCACUUGUUCCAAAAGUGCUGAGCUGCGUUGUUCUUUUUUCAUGAUUAUGAUAAUGAUUACGAUUAUGAUUAUAAUUAUUAUUAUGAUGAUGAUGAUGAUGAUGAUUAUUAUUAUUAUUUUUAUUCAAGCCAGUUUAAAACUUUAACUUAAAAUACAAAAUCAUCUUCCUCAUGUUUUCCCAAGGCUUAAAAUGUCACCACACAUUUAAAUAUGUACCCAUUGACAUUCCAGUCCUAGUAAUAUACAGAAUGUCUGUCACAUGAACCUAAUUAUGGUAGCCUUAGCUCUCAAGAGUCUCCUGUAGCUUAGUGGUAGAGCAACAGGACGGGUAACCAGAGGGACAUAGGUUCGACUCAUCGUGGGAGUCGCUUUAAGUUUGUCAUUGACUGGAAAAGAAACGCCAUUUUCAAACUCAGCGGGCUUUUUCAUAGGGUCUUCGAUGAGCUAUGCAACUAUUAAGCGAAUAAGGUUUGAAAUGGUUAUCGUUUAAUCAUUUUCAAUGAAAUACCUUCAGUUUGAAACUUAUGUAGAAUGCAUACAUGUAGAAGCUCAUAUUCUUAUUUCGUUACUCAUUAUCAGCAAGCGUGAGCUAAGAGGUAAUCUUAGUUCAGUAGUUAAACUGGCCCCUUGCUUCUUGUUUGUAAACAGAUUAAGUAAGUGUUGUUGACGUUGCAGAAUUCCUCUUCAGUUAUAGAGUUUCCGUUUCUGUUGAGUGAUGUACAAUACUGUCACUUUAUUUCAGGUCGUCUACUUUACUGCCACCUUUCCAUACAUCGUUCUUUUUAUUCUUAUGAUUCGUGGAGCUACACUCGAAGGAUCAUUAGACGGAGUGCUCUUUUACCUCAAGCCAGACAUCGCUAAGCUUAAGGACCCGAGGGUAUGAACAAUUUUUUGUUAAUCUUCCCUGAGUGUACAGCUGGUGUACUUUGUUAAAAACAAAGACAUCAAAGUGUUUAAGCUUCUUCGCUACUGAAUUCCGUAAUGAUUUUGUUUAUUGAAAGGACAAAUUCCUUUGCAGUAGUUAAUCACGUGCCGCUAGAUAAUAAGCUAUACAUGCAGUAGUCACUUUAUUCCUUCCUUUCUCUAAACAAAAAUUUUCAUUAUGGGCUGAUUAUAAAUUAUAGCGAAACGGUUGUACAUGGAUGAGUGUCACCCAGACUCCCCGUACAAUAUUGCGGGUAAUAUUAUGCAAAAUUGCAUCGUCUGCCCCCCCUCCUCCCCCCUUAAAUGUUUGCAUUAUUUUUCUGGCACAAUACUGUGCUGUAAAAUCUCCUUCUACAACAUAGCCUGCGAAAACAGCCACCUCUCCUUGCUCCUCGCCGCUAGCGUAACGCCCUGCUGUUUUCACAGGCUAUCUACAACACUGAAAGCCCUCAAAAAAUUUAAUCGUCUGCACGCCAUCUGCAACACAUGUCUUCGAAUUUAACCACCCACCCAAAAAGGCAGCGUAAAGGCCCAAGAAAUGUUUCAGCGGGUAGCCACAUCGAUUGAUACGUGUUGAUGGAGAUAUUGCAAUUCUAGAUAUGUAUAAGAAGGGGGAACAACAAAAAUUCAGGUAGCAGCAAAAGAGCCGCGCACUCGAGAAAAUAGACUUCAGGUGAACCUCUAUGUGCGACCAACUCUUCUAUCGUAAGCGACCACACCCAAUCGAGCCAUUGAGGCGGGAAGGGAGGAGUCGCUUACGGUAAGUGUGGCUACUGUAUCACAUUAUUGUCUUAAUUAAUCUCUAGGUCUGGGUUCGAGCAGCAUCUCAGAUCUUCUAUUCUUUGGGAGUCGGGUUUGGAUCUCUAAUUACCUUUGGAAGCUACAACAAAUUCAAUAAUAAUUGUCAAAGGUAAGAAACACUUCAGCUUGGUUUUCCUUGAUGAUCGCUACGCGCGCUACGAUCACUAGAUUCGGUCAAGAGAUGAUAAUGGGUCCUAUUAAGAUCUUUUGAAUCGGUGUGAUGCUAGCAGUAACAAAACAAGUUGCCCUGGGGGGGGGGGGGGGUACUCCCUUAUAUAAACCGUAUAGGUGUGUGCUGCCCCAACCGGUUGUUGUUUUUUUUUCAGCCUUUUUGGUCUGAAAACGGGUACGGUUUUCGAGGGAACUACGGGAGCGCAUGAACGUAGUUAUCGUUUCAGUUCCAAAUUAAUAGGAACGAAAUAGAAAUAUGCGAAUUCGAAAUGCAUUUGAAGAAUUUUUUUGUUUGUGCUCUAAUAUAUGUAAUGAUGACAUAAUUUCUGCCUAAAGGCGGGGUCUGAAAACGCGCAUAAAAAUUGGAGGUCUGAAAUAGGUUCAGGAUUUGGAGAAGCGGGCGGCACACCCCCACCAAGAAUUCCCCGGGACAAAUUGUUCUUCCAAUGGAUGUAGCUAGCAAUGGCAGCGACCUUUGUGAGAAGGGUCUUCGAAAUAUCCUUUAAAGAGGCUGUGACAUGGCUGGCUGCCUGAUUUUGUUUAUAAAGCCAAUUACGGGUCCUUAUUUGCUAUAGAACUUGAAAUUACUUGUGAAUGACAACAUCACAACUUCGUGUCAAGCAAUGUUUAUAAUAUACCUUCUUCUAACGUUUUGAGCAGUUAUUUUCAUGCUUCACCCAUCUUGUUGGCGGUAGUACUCACUGUUUGAAUUUUGAUAAAUUUCGUGACACAUCUCCUUUAAGCCCGGAUUUCAUAAAAUUACUCCCAUAGUUCUGAACACUGGACUUUUUCCGAGAUCGUGGUAAUCGUAGCGAUCACUAGGAAACCAAACCUCACUGUGCGUAUACUUUUCAGACUCAUUAAUAAUUUAUAAACAUAAUACAAAGGAAAUUUAGUUUUAAUAAGUCUUUUGAAAUCAUAUUGCCUUAAUUUCUUCUUCUAAAGUUGUUCAUCAGAACUGUUCGUGCAUCUUCGAAUAUUGUAAGGCACUGUGUGAAGAUUUUCCGAAAUCUCGUAACAAAAAAUGGGUCAUUAAAUAUCUAUAUACACUAUCGAUAUAUGAAAGGGUAUACAUUUUAGAAAUAAAUCGGCAUCAAUUGAAAGAAUUAACUAAAGAUUUUUUGGUUCGCUAUAAAUUGAUUGUGGAACUUUCGCGUAUUUUCAAUUUCGCGAGCGCACUAAGCUAUAAUACGCGCGGAUCAAGGUAUAAUCUUUAGAACCAUACUGCGACAUCACGAAAGAUCCAUAAACACACAAAUUUUUGUUUUUUCCACAGGGACGCCAUCCUUGUAAGCUGCAUCAAUUGCGGGACAAGUUUCUUCGCAGGGUUUGUCGUGUUCAGCGUGCUGGGAUUUAUGGCCCACGAGCUUAAAACUAGUGUUGGGGAAGUGGUAACGUCAGGUAAGCCUGGUCUGAACUACAUGAAUUUAAUGAACAUAUGGGGCUAAACAAGUCCUUAGCUGUGCUUGGAAUGCGCUCAGAUGCGUAUGUAGGAUUUUUCAAAGGAAAUUAGGGCACAUUGUUUGACACCUAGAGAACUUAUUAGGUUUGUCAAAUGUCGACAUACAUUGUAUACAUUGCACAAAUAUAGUAAUUGAAACUUUUAAAUGCGAAGUUUUCAGGAGAAAGUAUAAACGCAUCACAAAAAAUGAAAAAAGUCUUUCUCUUUUUGAACAAAAUUUCUGCCACUGGCAAUUCAUUUCCAAGAUAAAAUCGCUUAUGUUUUACAAAUUGAGCUGAAGAGUUUGGAAUAGUGGCAGAACACAACGCACCUUUUGUUGUAAUGUCGCGCGCGGUUGAGAUUGCAAGUUGAACAGGCUCCCCAGUGUAUCCUUAGCAGAAGGGGAACCUAGAAGUUUUGAACUCACUGUAUUGUAAUAUAAAUUUUUGCUCUGUUGUUAGGUCCUGGACUUGCAUUUGUCGGUUACCCAGAAGCCAUUGCCCAGAUGCCUGUCAGUUCUAUGUGGGCUUUCCUGUUCUUUUUCAUGCUUCUUACUCUUGGGUUGGACAGUCAGGUAAUGAACAAUCGUAUGCCGUUAUAGAUUUAAAUAUUAGAGAGUUUAAGAUUCACGUUUACGCCAAGCGGCAAGCGUGAAUUUGUACCACGUGACCAAGUUUCCCCUUAAUUUCCGUUUGCUGUUUAUUACUUCUACACAAAAAUAAGUAGUUUCACGCCAGUUUUAUCCCUAGGAAUUGUUCCGGACAGGUUUUAACUGCUUAUUUUCUAUUCUGAGAAAUUCUCAACCAGAAUCUGCCGUUUGCCGUUUUCCGUUUGCCGUAAACGCGAUUCUUAAUCUCUCUAUUGAUGGUGAGAGCACGCUAAUGCAUCAAAUUUGACGAAUAUAUUAAUUGCUGAACUCUAUUAAACUACCCUAUUAAGAUACCGUAAAAUUCCGAAAAUAAGCCCCUCCAUGUAUAAGCCCCCAAAACUCGAAACGUAAAAAAGCCUCCGUUAAAUCGCCCCUCCAAGUAUAAGCCCCCCGGGGGCUUGUACUUGGAAAAUUGCCCUCAAACACAAAGUAAAACAAAGAAAAACGGUAAAUUUCCUACCAAGGCUAGGCUAGCUAGGCUAGCUAGCCCCUCCGAAUAUAAGCCCCUCCAAAAAUAAGCCCCUGAAAAAGGCCUUUGAAAAAUAUAAGCCCCGGGGCUGAAAUUCUGUUUGAAAAAAACUUGACGAUUUACAAAGAAUUUAUCUUUCAUUAACUUUUUUGCCAUCCAGCAAUUUCAAAGUUUUUGAAAGCUAUUAUUUACUUUAAGAAUUGCUUACGAAGACCUUAAAAUUAACUUUUGAACUUGAUUUGUAUAUACGGCGACGCCUUCUAUGGGUUAACGCGUAUGUUCUUGAGCAAAAAAAAACGUUAAUUCUGUAAUUCAACUAACUUAUUGGUAUUGCUGGUUCAAGAUCCUUAUUUUGGAAGCAAGUGUGGUCUCUUUGUGAGAGCACUCGCCCACUACCAAUGUGGCCCGGGUUCAAAUCACGGGCUCGAUACCAUAUGUAGGCUGACUUUGUUGUUGCUUCUCUCCUUUGCUCCCAAUUUUUUUCUCUUGGAAUGGAUGAGGAAGACCCACUAUGUAGUUGUGCUACCUCUAAAACGUCAUUUUGUUUGUUUAUUUAUUUACUUAUCCUGUCUGUUUAUAGUUUGCCAUGGUGGAGUGCGUGGUAACAGGCCUUUCAGAUGAGUACCCUAAAUACCUCAGACGUUACAAGCCUGUUUUCUUGAUUUCUGUCUGCGUUUUGAUGUUUCUUUUAGCCAUCCCCAUGUGUUCUCAGGUAGGAUCUUGUUAACUAUUGUCUGUAAUUUGGCGUGCGCGUCUCUAGGCCAACACAAAGCUAGAUUUAUGAUCUGAGACAGAAGAUCGUAAUAACUUGUUAUAUUGACGAGCAAACCUAAGACGGUCAUUUUAUCCCGUAGCAAUGUCAUAAUACCCAUUAAAAGCUUUGUAAGUUAUUCUUCUCGAAUUAAUCUGUAUUGCACAGCGGUUUUCCGUGACUCACAUCCGGAACUUGCAUCGCAUCCAGGACUUCUUAAAUAGAGAGAGCGAGUGAAAAAUGUCGUUAUUGAGUGUAAGGGCGGCCAUGAUAAAAGUGUGUUAAUUUUACAAGCCUCUUAAUAGCGGUAAGGCUAAACUUUAUUGUCUUCUUCUUUUUUUGUCAGGGGGGUAUGUACGUUUUUAACCUGUUCGACAUCCAGUCGGGAGGAAUUUCUCUUCUUUUCAUUGGAUUCUGUGAAGCAGCCGUCAUUGGUUGGGGAGUUGGUGAGUAUAUAUUUUCUUUGAAACCCAGAAACAAUUAAACGUGAAAACCAAAUUAUAAAUAGUUUUUUUUGAGGUUUAUUGUGUUGUAAGAAAACAGGCAAUCAGAUGUGGGAAAACUAAACCGCAAACAGUUACAGUAGUAGGUUUGAUAAGCAGAAGAUAGAUGACUCAGCUUAAGAACGUGAAAGCACUUAAUAAGCGACAUUACCAUUUCUUUAUGAUUGCUAUUAAAAGGUCUCCAAUUGAUGGUGGGAAGGUCUUUCUCCCUUUCCCCCUUAUCUGUACUUGACUGCUUGAAAACCGUUACUUUUACUGCCCAAAGUGAGGGUGCCACCCUCUUUCCCUCCCGCGAGGCUAGUACCGUUAGGCUAUUUUCGCACUAUACCAGAUUCGUCAUACGCCAACCCAAAAACCAUGCCGGGUAGGAGGAUAGGGCUUCUGUUUACAUAUAAGAAACGAUGAUUUCGGCUCAAUUUCUGUAACGGAAGGACGCGGCGCCGCGCCGAUCUUGAAAGUGGCUCGUCAUGAACAUAUCGAAUAGCUUUCUGCUAUUCGUCGUCGCAGAGCGAACAGGUGUGAGCAGGAGCGAGGAUUGGAACCCACGUCUAGUAAGCAGGAGUAAAUAUUCAGGAGCGAGAAUUGCGAUUUAGUGUACCAAGUCCUCUCGGCCAAUCGCUCUGGGAGGAUUCAUGGUGUAAAAGGGCCUUGUUCUAUUCCCGAAAAGCUAUCUGGUAUCGUGUAGACAAUUAGCCUUAGUGGUAAACUACGAAGGAUAAUAGGCAUUGCCCUUUUUGUGGAUGCAAUGUAAUAGAAGACGAAGUUCACUUUCUUUUUCAAUGUCCUACAUACUCUAUGAUUAGAAAUAAAUUUUACUAUAAAGUCGAGAUUCCAAAUACUACCCAGUCACCUAUAAACGGCUUGAUCAAUGAAUCGAUGAACUCUUCUAAUUACUUUAUCAAUAUACAAUUCACAAAAUAUAUUUCAGCUUGUUUUGAUGUUCGUGACAAAUUAUUAUCAAAGUAACGUAAUUGCCCUGUGUUGUAAUUUUGAUUCUUAAACAUAGCAUGUGUUUGUAUGGUCAUGCAAAUAAAGCUCGUUGUUGUUGGUAAGGGGUGAAGAGUUUCGGCCGUAAUAUUGCAGUCUUCAAGAGAGUCAAUAAAAGAAGCUUUUUACGUUACAUGUGAACAUCCAGCAUGAACUCAACAUUUAAUCGCCUAUUGUAUUCCUAAUAUUUCAGGUACAGAGACACUUGCUGAAAUGAUCGAAAAGAUGAUUGGCCAUCGCCCCAACAUGUUUUUCCUCAUUUGUUGGAAAUAUGUAUCACCAAUCGCAACUCUGGUACAGUUAUUUCAUUUUAAAGAAGAUUAUCUUCGCCUUAUUUGCGACAUUACGGAAGUAGCGCCGGCAUGCUGUUUUAACAAACCGAAUGAUCAAACUUCGCCUAGGGGCGGGGGGUGGGGGAGGGGGGGCGCGGAGGGAAGGGGGAACAAAGUGAACUUGAAACGCAGUCAAAGUUAUUCCCUCCACAGGAUCCUACAGGGAUCCACUAACAGUAACUUGUUCCCGAGCUUCUUAGAUCCCUCGUCGUGUUGUGUUAUUUAUUUUAUUUACAAAAUCGCUUAUUUCCCCUUUGUAAACGGACGUUGUCUUUUUUAACGGUCGGCGCGACCAGUGGUAGCCAAGCCUUUUGACGUGUAUAAGAUGAAGUACAUGAAAAAGUUUCUAAAUAGUCUUAGGUUCUGUCGAAUUAUAGGCUCUGGCUGAUUUCACGUAAAGCGCUCUCACGGAAAAAGGCAUCAUUUACGAAAGAUAGAAAUAUACUUGAAGUUUUUCGACCAGAUAAUUCUGACAACACAGGGUGUUGAUAAAUUGUAGCUUAGAUCGUCCAAAUAAUAGGUAGCCCAUAAAGGCUUUUUUUAAGCAAAAAAUUUUGCUAUAUUUUAGCUCAAUAAUCGCUACAUUAUAACAGAAGGCAAUGAUCUCAUUUUAUGUCUUUCCUUUAUAGGUCAUCAUCUUAGCUAGUUUGGUUCAGUGGACUGGUAUAUCAUACGAUAACAAGCCAUAUCCUGCAUGGGCCGAGUUCUUCGGUUGGCUUCUUGCAAUUGCAUCUAUGAUAAUGAUUCCAACAUUUGCUAUUAUACAGUAUUUCUCUUCCAGCCAAGGAGGCUCAUUUGGUUCGGUGAGUGUUUUAUUUCCCUGAUGGUUGAGUCUCCGUUUUACUUUAACCGGUGUGUGAUCUGUUUUCAGUAUUCGAACUGAUAUAUGCAUGUUUCGGUCAUCAGAUGGAGACGACCUUAUUUGGCAUGAAAUAGUUAAACUACUUGUCAUGCGGCGUGAUAAAUAAUUAACUCAAUUUUGGUAGUGGGCAAAUACUGUGACAAGAAAUGCAAGCAAGAGCAGCAAGCAAGAGUGAAGUUGGAAUAAAGAGCGAGCAUUUUCGCUGAACAUCUGGAACAGGAUAUAACCUGGUGCAAUGAGCAAUCUAAACAAAUGAUUGCUGGCCGUCCUCCUCUUUCUAUAAUUCAAUAAAUAAGUCCUUUUUUCUAGGAAAACAAAGCAAAUUUUGAUAACACGGUAUCAAUACUCGGUUACCAUGGUAACGUCAAUGUUGACGUACUCGUCACGACGACGGUAAAAUGUUUCCAGAUAAUUCUUUAAAAAGGCCUAUCGGUCUAAGCAGGUUUAAAAAUAAAUACAUUUCGCCAGUGCUGAGGUAUAAUUUUCCUUUUUUUUGCAGAGGAUGAGGUCACUGCUACUUCCCGAUGAACACGUGAUGAAUGAGGUCAAUGAAAGAGAGGGAGUGAGCAGAAAGGCUUUGGACAUUAAAUAA